GCUGCGGCUGGGGCGAGCGUUGCGUCAGGGCCCUUAAAAGGGGCGCGGGCGGCGGGUGCGGGGCAGCGCGGAGCGAUGUGGACGAGGAUGAGCGGGCGGCGGAGCUGGGGCCGGGGCAGGCGCGGGACGGGGCCGCGCAGGGCGGCGCUGCCGGCAUCCGGGAGGCGGAGCGUCCUUGUGGACCACCACACCUGAGGGCAGAGCGGCCCGCGCGCGGGUGCCGAUGGCAGCCGAGGGUCUGCCUGCGGGGGACCCCGCAGCGGCCCCGUCCGGCUGGGAGCUGGAGGCCUGGUACCAGGACCUGCAGGAGGUGCUGGCGGCCGCGGAGCCCAGCGGAGCGCCCCCGCCCUGGGGGCCCGAGCAGGUGAGGGGCGGCAGCGGCCCGGGCAGCGGGCACGGGGCAGGGGGUCGCCGUCACCCGGCGCUGGUGCCCGCUCUCGGCCCGCAGGCGGCGCUGUGCGGCGCGGAGGGCGCGGGCCCGGAGCCCUGCGCGUUGGACGCUGCCCUGGCCGCGGAGCUGCUGGAGCUGCUGGGGCCGGAGAGCGGAGCCGGCCCCGAGCCAGCGCCGCCGGGCGCAGCCUCCGGACGCGGGUCCCCGCCCCAGGAGGCGGCUGCCGCUGCCCGGCGCGGGGUGAAGCGGCAGCUCCGCGGCGGCACCGCGGCGAGCCGGGAGCGCGCCAAGCACCGGGAGCGCGCCAGCGAGCAGCGGGUGCUGGAGCUGACGGCGCACAACGAGCGGCUCCGCGCCGAGAUCCAGCGGCUCAGCACCGAGGUGCAGCGCACGCGGGCGGCCCUCAUCGACCGCAUCGUGAACCUCCGCCGGGCCUAGGCAGU